UUCCCGUAUGUGUUCGUACAUCUGUUGCAUUCUGAACAAGAAAUUAGAAACAAUUAGAUCCAUCCUGCAAACCAAAGUCCACAAUUAUGCAAGUGUAGAAGCUGUGAAGCAAUCAAGAAAAAAUCCCUCAUUUAGGGGUUUUAAGAGAAUGUUUUUUAACCCCAGAAGAAUUACACCACAAGACGCAGUAUGAAGCAACACAUGGAUUAUUGUCUAUAAUUAUCUUGCCCUUUCUGUGUCGUGAAAUGAGAACAACUCUCAGACUGAUUUGGUGCUCAAAGGAAAAAAAACAAAGCUGCACGCAAAUGGCGAGCAUGGAGGAAAGGCAUUGUGAAACCCUCACAAUGUUCUAAAUGAGCCCAUGUGAUUGUCCAAAGCCAUAUGGUUUCUUUGUUUGUUCUGCCAGAAAAUGCAGUCGCCGGGCGUCUAAUCCUGCCCUCCCCUCGGUUUUGCCAAACUUCCUCACAAAUAAAAACCCCACUGGGUCCAAAGCGCUGGAGGCCACAGGCUGAUUCUUCCCCCUCUCCUUAGGAUGGCUCUGCUGCGGCUCCUGAGCAUGUUCUUUCUCACCAUAACCACCACCAAGAAGAAGCAAGAACAAGAGAAAGAGGACAUAAAGGUCAAUGAGAAGGUACGCAAGUAUGACAUAUCGCUCUACAAGAGGGGGGACCUCCUGGAGGUGCCGCGCACCCUCUUCACCCAUUUCGGAAUCUACCUGGGGAAUGACCGCGUUGCACACCUGAUCCCCGACAUCUUGCCCGUCUUCUCGUCCAACCAGAACACCAUCGGCACCAUGGUGACCAACCUGCGGCUCAUCCUGGGGGCCAUCGCCAAGGCGGCCAGCGUGCGCGUGGACUCGGUGGAGGACUUUGCCUACGGCGGGGACAUCCUCAUCAACCCCAUGGACAAGGUGUGCAGCCGGCCGCCCUACGAUGGGGAAGAGGUGGCCCGCCGGGCAGAGAAGCUCAUGGGUCCGGUGGACUACAGCCUCCUGUGGUACAACUGUGAGCAUUACGUCAUGUACUGCCGCUACGGGACCGUCAUGAGCUUCCAGACCUUCCAGUUCUGUAAAGGAGUUCGGAAGAUCUUCUGCAGUAAAAGGUUCUCCUUCGUGAGUGCAUUAAUCGGUGUGGCCAUCAUGGUUUCCCUCCAAACGGAUCCACUUUACACUCUGCUCCUCACUUUCUUCAUCUCCUUCCACAUCUGGAUGGCUCCUGAAUUUACAUCACAACCUGGGUGA